GUAUAAGCUGUACCCAAUAAUUAAUCCAACGGUUCACAUCUCAUCUCGCUCUUAUUUUAUAUUAAUUUCAUUUCCUCUUCUCGCCUUUAAAACAAGGAGCCCUCCAUUUUGUGUGCCUCCUCCUGCGCUUUCAUCUCUUUCCCAUCGUCUUAACAGAUAGAAGUAGAAGAUGGCAGAUGCUGAGGAUAUUCAGCCACUCGUUUGCGAUAAUGGAACAGGAAUGGUUAAGGCUGGAUUCGCUGGCGAUGAUGCACCACGAGCUGUGUUCCCUAGUAUUGUUGGCCGACCCCGUCACACUGGUGUGAUGGUUGGUAUGGGCCAGAAAGAUGCAUAUGUUGGUGAUGAGGCUCAAUCUAAGAGGGGUAUUUUAACUUUGAAAUACCCAAUUGAGCAUGGUAUUGUGAGUAACUGGGAUGACAUGGAGAAGAUUUGGCAUCACACUUUCUACAAUGAGCUUCGUGUUGCACCAGAAGAGCACCCAGUUCUCUUGACUGAGGCUCCUCUUAACCCCAAGGCUAAUCGUGAGAAGAUGACGCAGAUUAUGUUUGAGACCUUCAAUACUCCUGCUAUGUAUGUUGCCAUUCAGGCUGUUCUUUCAUUGUAUGCAAGUGGUCGUACCACUGGUAUUGUGUUGGACUCCGGUGAUGGUGUCAGUCAUACAGUUCCAAUCUAUGAGGGUUAUGCCCUGCCACAUGCCAUCCUUCGUCUUGACCUUGCUGGCCGUGACCUCACUGAUUCUUUGAUGAAAAUCCUCACUGAGCGUGGGUAUUCUUUCACCACCACAGCUGAGCGCGAAAUUGUCAGGGAUAUGAAGGAAAAACUAGCCUACAUUGCCCUUGACUAUGAACAGGAGCUUGAGACUUCCAAGACCAGCUCUGCUGUAGAGAAGAGCUAUGAAUUGCCUGAUGGACAGGUUAUCACCAUUGGUGCUGAGCGUUUCCGUUGUCCUGAGGUCCUUUUCCAACCAUCCAUGAUCGGUAUGGAAGCAGCAGGCAUCCACGAGACCACAUACAACUCCAUCAUGAAGUGUGAUGUUGAUAUCAGGAAAGACUUGUACGGCAACAUUGUCCUCAGUGGUGGUUCAACCAUGUUCCCUGGUAUUGCUGACAGAAUGAGCAAGGAAAUUUCUGCCUUGGCCCCAAGCAGCAUGAAGAUUAAGGUGGUGGCACCACCUGAGAGGAAAUACAGUGUCUGGAUCGGAGGGUCCAUCUUGGCUUCCCUUAGCACCUUCCAGCAGAUGUGGAUUGCAAAGGCAGAGUAUGAUGAAUCUGGGCCAUCAAUCGUGCAUAGAAAGUGCUUCUAAGUGUUCACCAAUAGGAUUGUUGAAGAAAGGAGUACUGAUUUUGUUUUUGCAACCCCUUUUCAUUCUAGCUUUGUUAUCCUUCUAUUCUAUGUUUAUUUUCAUGUUGGAGUGAUGACUUUGAGAAGGCUGAGGAGUUGAUUUUCAAAAUGGGCCAAUUCUUUCAUUGUCGUUUAUCUUAGAGAAAAGCUGUUGACGUCCAAUUUCUGUUGCCGCCUAGGUAUUUGUUAAAAUAUCAUUUUGUCUUGAGGGGUUGGGGGUUUAUGUGAAA